AGUUUGUUUCCCGCUCACUCUUUCUCAUCAUGGCUUUCUCAAAAUUUACACUUGUUUUGUGCUUCUCUUGCUUCCUUAUUGCUUCCGCCAUCGAAGUUUCCUAUGAUGAAAGAGCCAUCACCAUUGAUGGAAAACGUCGGGUUCUAAUCUCAGGCUCCAUUCACUAUGCUAGAAGUACUGCCGAGAUGUGGCCGAGCCUUAUAAAGAAGGCGAAAGAAGGCGGAGUGGAUGCUAUAGAGACGUAUGUGUUCUGGAAUGCUCAUGAACCUCAACGUCGCCAAUAUGAUUUUUCAGGCAACCUGGACUUCAUAAAGUUCCUCAAAACCAUUCAAAACGAAGGACUAUACACUGUUCUUCGUAUUGGACCUUAUGUCUGUGCUGAAUGGAACUAUGGAGGAUUCCCUCUUUGGCUUCAUAACAUGCCAGGAAUUGAGCUCCGAACUAACAAUGAUGUUUUCAUGAACGAGAUGCAAAAUUUCACCACUUUGAUUGUGGACAUGGUGAAAAAUGAGAAGCUGUUUGCCUCACAAGGGGGCAACAUUAUUCUGGCACAAAUUGAGAACGAGUACGGAAAUGUGAUUAGCAGCUAUGGCGCCCCGGGCAAAGCUUACAUACAAUGGUGUGCCAACAUGGCAGAAUCCCAAAACAUAGGUGUGCCGUGGAUCAUGUGCCAAGAAUCUGAUGCCCCAGAACCCAUAAUCAAUACCUGCAAUGGCUGGUACUGUGACAACUUCACACCCAAGCCUAAUAAACCCAAGAUGUGGACCGAGAACUGGACUGGCUGGUUCAAGAGCUGGGGUGGUCCGGACCCGCUCAGGACUGCUGAAGACUUGGCCUUCUCUGUUGCACGUUUUUUCCAAACCGGUGGCACCUUCCAAAAUUACUAUAUGUAUCAUGGUGGAACUAACUUUGGAAGAACAGCCGGGGGACCAUACAUCACCACUACUUAUGAUUACAAUGCGCCUCUUGAUGAAUAUGGCAAUUUGAAUCAACCAAAAUAUGGUCAUUUGAAACAACUCCAUGAUGUUCUCCAUUUAAUGGAGAAGACUCUUACUCAUGGGAACAUAACAAACAUGGACUAUGGCAACUCUAUUUACGGUACCACUUAUACAACAGAAACGGAAUCAAGCUGCUUCUUGGCCAAUUUAAAUACUAGUGGGGAUGCCACCGUUAGGUUAGAGGGGCUUGAAUACACUAUUCCAGCAUGGUCUGUUAGCAUCCUUCCUGACUGCUACACUGAAGUCUAUAACACUGCAAAGGUGAAUACUCAAACCACAAUUAUGGUGAAUAAAGCAGAUGGUGAUGAAACUUAUGCGCUUGAAUGGACAUGGAGGCCUGAAAUCAUUGACAACACUAUUCUGAAAGGAGAUGGCAAUAUUCAUGCUAAUGGCCUUAUUGAUCAGAAAAAGGCUAAUGAUGUUAGUGACUAUCUUUGGUACAUGACCAACUUGCAUCUUGAUGAGAAGGACCCAAUUUUGGCUGGUGAGAAUCUCACACUUCGAGUCAAUGCCACAGGUCAUGUUCUUCAUGGAUAUGUCAAUGGGGAAUAUCUUGGCUCACAAUGGGCAAAAUAUGGUGUUUCACAUGAUGCUCUCGAGACCCCUGUUAAAUUGUCUCCAGGACAUAAUUUAAUUUCAUUACUCAGUGCAACAGUUGGUUUCGCGAACUAUGGACCUUGGUUUGAUCUUGUUGAAGCUGGAAUCCUCGGUCCGGUGGAGUUGAUCUCAUACUCAGGUGACGAGGUAAUAAUUAAGGACUUAUCUGCUCACAACUGGAUAUACAAGGCCGGACUUCAUGGAUUUGAAAAGAUGUACUUCCACUCAGACUCUCAAGGUUCAGUUUCCAAAUGGGCAUCGGAUUCUGUGCCGGUGAACAGAAUGAUGACCUGGUACAAGACUACCUUCAAAGCUCCAGCCGGCACAGACCCUGUUGUGGUUGAUUUACUUGGCCUGGGAAAAGGUGAAGCUUGGGUCAACGGUAACAGCAUCGGUCGAUAUUGGCCCAGCUACAUCGCCGACCAAAGUGCCUGUAGCAAAGAAGUUUGUGAUUACCGUGGCGCGUAUAGUGACAAAAAAUGCACCUCCAAAUGCGGGGAGCCUACACAAAGAUGGUACCAUGUUCCGCGUUCAUUCCUUAACGAUGGCGACAAUACACUGGUUUUGUUUGAGGAGUUCGGGGGAAAUCCUUUGGCGGUGAACUUCAAGACAGUGAGCGUAGGAACUGCUUGUGGAAAUGCGUAUGAGGGCAACACCCUGGAAUUGUCCUGCCAAGGCCGCCCUAUUUCUGCAGUUAAAUUCGCCAACUUUGGAGAACCAGCAGGGAGUUGCGGCGCCUUCCAAAAGGGCACCUGCGAAAGCAAAACCGAUGCUCUCUCCAUCCUUCAAAAUGAAUGUGUUGGAAAGGAGACUUGUUCAAUCGAUGUUUCUGAAGAAAAAUUUGGAGGCAGCGACUGUGGAAACAGCAUCAAGAGGCUGGCGGUUGAGGUCAUCUGUAGAGUACCCAAAUUAUCUCAUUUGAUUGCCUUAGGAAUGCCAUUCUGGACAUGUGUUAUUCCUGAUGAUGCUGUAUCUUUCAUUGGGAAGAAAUUGGAAUAUCUUGUCUCAAGGUACUUCUAGUUGUUGCUGUAUCUUCAAUUUACGAACUACUUGUUGGUUUUGUGAUUAAUUUAAUGUUUCUAGUUAUUCCAAACUGUGGAAUUUGAUACUGCUAGACUCUUGAGGGUGUAACUAGUAUGAUUUCCUUGAUUCUUACUGAUUAUGUGCUUGUGUUUUAUUUUAUUCUCAAUAGGCCAACUGCAGUAAAUCUUGCAGAUGCUU